AUGCCACCUAACUCCAUAACGGAGCUCAUCGGUUCAUCAUACAAGGUUAUUGUCAACCUUCUGGUCAACAACAAGCGCGUUUUGUCGGGAACAAACAGCACUGCGUUUUUACAACACCUUGAACGCUCCUUACCGAACCACUUUUGGGAUCUGAACACCGAUCACGUGGCGGUACUGCUUUUCACAUCGUUACGUUCAUCGUCAAGAGCGAGUCCCGCAGUACGAUCGCUAUGCGCGAGGUUGUGCAACAUAUACGACGAUGCCGAACGCGCGUCCUACGACCGCGGUUCGUCAAAUAACACGAGAUCGACUCUAUUUGAUUUGGAACACCUAGUUGUAGUGACGUGGUGUUUAGACCGUCUUUCCAGUCGCAAAACCGAGGUACAGCUGCCAAAAAUGGUUCGAACAAUGGCACCCUCCCUGUUGCACUGGAUUGAUGAGGGUAUUACCAGUUUAAGCAACGCUUCGGGUACGCUUACGGAGAGGCUGCCUCCGGAUGCUUACGCUAAAAUGUGCACGGUGUUUGUUUGUCUAAGCAACGCUAUGGAGCGCAGCGCACGCUGUGAUACCACCGACGGUUUACAGGAAAAACAAAGUCUCAAUGUAACUUACGCCCAUUUGGCGGAGUUGAUACUACAAAUGUGUAUUAGCGAUUGUGCCACGUACCGGAGUCUGCCCGCUGAUAGCAGGCACAAUCAACCUUUUGAAGUAGCCUAUGAGGCAUACAUCGCAUGCAGUCUCAGUGUUCUAAUGGUAUUACUUGGCCACGGCUUUUCAGCCGCUUCAGCCAUCUCAUCGUACUUUAAGCUCAUAGAAAUGUUGGACUUUACUCAAAUAAAAAAUGUGGAAAUCCUCGUUCAAACUUUUAACAUGAUGAGCACAGAAAAGAACAUUUGUGAAAUAACUGAAACCAUCUCUAAUAGGCUGCUAGACGAGAUAGGCACUAGGGAGCUGCACGAUUUACCCAACGACCAACUUUACAGUUUCUUGCGCGGGUGCAGCUCCGUCCCGAUACAGCAUUUAGAUGCCUUGGAAGCUGUUAGCGAUGCUCUAAUACAGCGGUCUCACCAGCUUCCAGAUUUGCCGAAGGUAAUAGAGAUGCUGGAGUACUUCACAAAAUUGUCGUACCACAACUCAGCACUUUUGGAGAUGUUUGUUCGCCACGUUCAAAAUAACGCGGAAUCGGCGACACGCGCUCAGCUGUCUUCAAUGUUAGAAUCUUGUGGCAUUAGUUUGUGCACAGCUACUAAAGUUGAGAUUCCACGACGCAGGAAUCGUUAUGUCAAGCAUUUGGUCAUCUCCGCCCCUCAGUUAGACAGCGGCGUUAGUCACGAUGUGUAA